AUGUGUUUACUGCAUCAAUAUACCGAUAAUAUAGAAUGGCUGGACAUUGCUCCAAAUGUAAGCCUGAUGGACAGUCGGUUGAGCCUACUGGAGAGCAAGACCAAUCCAGAUAGUCGUGGCUACUGUGGAGUAGAUGAACAAAUGGCUGGGUUCAUUCACAUUGGAGUUACUUCAAACUUGAUUCAGAAAAAGGAUGCACUUACUCCAAACAGCGAAGUUUGCUGCUAG